AUGUCAAGCUAUGUCGCAGUUAAUAAUGAUGAGACUCAUUGUAAAUCACUAAAUUUAAAUGGAACUAUGCAUGAAAACAAAUUUGUGACAAAUGUUCACUUAGGACGUAUCACAUUCAGUCGACCGAUUGCAGAUUGGGAUUCACUAAUGUCUAAACAUACUAACUCAAGCAUUAAGAAAAGUCAUUGUUGUUUAAAAUCAUUAUCAUGUUGUAGUAAACAACAAUGGAAAUCAUAUUCGAUAUACUUUAUCAAGUCUAUAUUUCCAUGUAUUGAUAUUUUGACACAUUAUAAUUGGCGGUCAGAUUUUUUGAAAGAUAUCUCCGGUGGUUUGACAAUAGGCGUUAUGAAUAUCCCACAAGGUAUGGCAUAUUCAUUACUCGCUGGUUUACCACCUGUUUAUGGAUUGUAUAUUGGUUUUUUAAGUCCCUUGUUCUAUGCAAUUUUUGGACGUUGUACACAAUUUUCUAUGGGUACAUUCGCUGUUGUAAGCCUACUGAUUGUUGGCCCAAUUGAACAGCAUAGUUCAAAAGUCGCAGUUAAUCAUCAUAAUUCCAUCAUAAAUUCAAACUCUACACUAGUUGAAGAUAUAAUAACUAACAAGUUGCCACUACAAUAUUCAGAACCAAGAGCAAUUGUAGCCGUGACGCUUACUUUUCUAGUUGGAAUUAUACAACUUAUUAUUGGCUUUUGCCAAUUGGGUACAUUUACGUCAUAUUUAGCGCCAUCAAUGGUAUCUGGUUAUACAUCGGGCGCAGGUUUUCAUGUGUUAAGCAGUCAAAUCAGUUCAUUGUUCGGUGUAAAGUCUGCAAAGAAAUAUCAAGGACCUGGUUCAUUCUUUAUGGUCUAUGUGAAUUUGUUCAAAAAUAUACGUGAGACAAAUUUGUUCACACUACUUAUAUCUGCUGCAUCGAUUGCGUUCUUAAUGAUUAUUAAAUUUUGUGCUGAACCCCUGUUGAAACAAUAUAUAGAUUUGAAGAUUCCAAUACCCAGUGAAUUGAUUUUGUUUCUAUUCACUGUAACAUUUUUGGGCACUAUCAUACUUGAUGUAACUUACGGUCUGUUAGUUGGUCUAAUCUCUUGUCUUAUUGUAUUAACGGAAAGACAACGAAGCAUCAAACUACUGGAAUUGUGCAAUAUCUCAGGCACAGAACUUUAUGUUCAUAAACAUUAUGAACUAUUAACCAAAACGCAAAUAGAUAAAACUCAAUCUGAUUAUCUAUUGUCAUCGAUCAAAGCAAUACGUGUUCUAGGUUCAUUAAACUUUUCAUCAGCUGAAAACUUCACAAAUCGCAUUUACAAGACAAUUAAUAAUAUGAUGUUAGAUGAAGAUUUCAAUUAUGUUAAUAAUAAUGCAUUAAGUCAUCACAAUGGAAUUAAUGAUAAAAUACAAGAUGGAUAUCACAAUCAUUGUCAAUUAAAUGAAGCAUCUGUGAAUACAAAAGAUAGUAAGAAUAAUAUUUAUGAACUUUCGAAAAUUUUAAAUGAGAGAAACGGAACAAAAUCCGAUGAUAAUUACUUAUUGAGAAAUAGUAAUGUUGUCAGUAAAUCAAGUGAUAUACUCACGACAGAAAGAUGUAAUUUGUCGCAUCGCCAAACUGAACCAAAUCUACCUUCAUUACAUGUUGACCUGCAUGACUUUCUAAUGAAGCAUGAUGGGGAAAAAUUACGAAGAUUUCUUUUGUUGGACAUAUCUGGAAUUACUCACAUUGACCCAGCUGGGGCUGCUGCACUCACUGAAAUACAACGAAAUUUGUAUAAAAACAAUCUCUUUGUGAUUCUAUGUGGAGAUCCAACUCCAUUCAAAUGUUUAUCUGCAUGUGACUGGUAUGUCUGUCCUGGAUUGAAAUCAAUCUAUCCUACAUUAUAUGAUGCUGGAGCUCGAAUAAAAAACUCAAUAGCUUUUAACGGUACAUAA